AAUGAAAGCAUACACAGGCUUAGCCAUCUUGACUCUAUUAUUGGCUCUGCAAAGGAAUGAUUCAAGGUUUUUGUAGGUAGUGGUAGGCGUUGAAGUGUCUUGGUUGUGUGAUCAUCAUAACACGUAGAGGAUUCUGCGGUGUAAUAACUGUAUAAAUUUCUUACUAUAAAUCAACAUGAGUCUUCAGUGGACAAUCAUUGCUACGUUUUUGUACGUCGAAAUAGUCGUCGUUUUACUACUAGUGUUGCCAGUUGCAUCACCUCAAAGGUGGAAUAAACUCUUCAAGUCGCGGUUUCUACACGCUCUAAAUAAUCAGGCGUUCAUUUAUUUCCUUGUGCUUUUAGCAAUACUUGUCCUUUUUUUCUUGGAUGCUAUCCGUGAGAUGAGGAAAUAUUCCAGUGCUGAGACAACAGAAGCAACCCAUGCACACCUUGAUGCAGAAAUGCAAGUUAAUAUGAGGUUAUUUCGGGCCCAGCGUAAUUUUUAUAUCGCAGGCUUUGCCCUGUUCUUGUCUCUGGUAAUUCGUCGAUUGGUUACUCUAAUAUCACAGCAGGCAUCUCUUGUGGCUCAGAGUGAAGCUUUCAUGCGGCAGGCACAGUCUGCAACUACUACUGCACAAAGUUUGUUGGCACAGAAUCAGACCAGCAUGGCACAAAAUGACACAAAUGAAGCUCAUGAUAAAGAAGUAACAGAAUUAAAGGAGAAGCUAGCUGAAGCAGAGAAGACAUUGGAAUGGGAAAGGAAGGAUAAAGAAGCACUGAAGAGCCAAGCAGAAUCUGUAAAUAAGGAGUAUGAUCGCUUGAAUGAAGAAUAUCACAAAUUACAGGCUAAAGUUGAUGCUGGAGCUGGGGAACUCAAGAAGGAUGCAUAAGAAUGUCAAAACUAUUAAUAUUAAUUAUUAGCUGUGAUACCAUUUUCACAGUGUAAUAAAGCCUUACAGUGUUGUUAAUAUCAUCUAGUUGUGCAUUCAGAAAAAAAUAUUGAUACAGGAGAAUCUCUACCAGUAACACUGGGACUUAUAUUUAGCAGUCUGUGUAUUAUUGUAAUUGCAUUCUUGAAAUACUAUUAAUUCCCAUACUUUUUAUUUAGAACAUUCAUGACUUUAUUUUAGUCACAAGGAUUAGGCUUCUUAAGAACUUUGUUAAAACAUAUUCUUGGAAUUCAAAAUAGUUUUAUUUAAACUCUAUCUGAAUGCACCUCUUUCAUUUGGUAGACUGAAGUAACUUCAGAAUUGUAUUGUAAUAAUUCUGCAUAGUCAUGAUUUCAAAAUUUCAUACUUUUUUACAACAAAUUAAUUACAAGUACUAUUUCAGUUGCAUUCAGUUACACCAUGUGGCAGCCACAUUUGCUGAAAAUGAGACUGAUUGAUAAGUUACUUCCUUCGUGGGUCAUUGUUCUGUUGUAUUAAUGUUACUUUCUUUUAUAUGUUUUGUAUGAUGUUCUUUUAAUGGGUUCUAGGGUUGUUUAUGUAACUGAAAGGUAGAAGUAGAUGGAUUCUGAUAUGUUACAUAUUUCUAGACAGGUCAGUAAUAUGUUGUUGAAAUUCUUGCCUAUGUAACUGGCAUGGUGAUAAUGAAAGACUUGCAUAAUUGAUAUCUACUGUCUAUUAUGAGGUUAUGAAUUAAAUCCAUUAUAUCAACUAAUACAUCAAGUUGCAAAGUAUUUCAACUUGUUCUAAUGGUUUGUACAAAUUACAUGUUUGUAUAUUAUAUGCUAAGCCUGAAUGUAAAACAUUAAUCAAAAUGUCAUUAAUGUAUUAACAGCUGUUACCACGUUUAGCUCUUUUUUUUGUAAAGUUUUGUUGAUAGUAAUAUUCAAUAAAUCAUAUGACCCAUAAAAAGGUGAAUAGACUUAAAAUCACAUACCAUAAACAUGCUGCUUAAUGUGGAUAAAAAAUGCAGUCAUUAUAAAUGAGUCUGACCAUCCAGUCAGUUCUCUAGUUUAUCCCUCCCCUUUUACAUUUUAAAACAAGCUUAUUGUGACCCAUCACAUGACUGGAAUUAACUUUUUGUUGAAAUGUAACACAAUUUAUGGCAUGAUCUUUGUAAACUGCAUUAAAAGGGCAUUUAUAAAAUGUCUUUAUAAAGUAAAUUAAAUGUUAAAACAUCA